AGCUCACUCCCUCCCUCGGUCCCUCCCCGCCUUUUUAUCUCCCACCUCCCGCUGCCUCGUCCCCUCCAUUACCCACCACCUCUCGGAUCCUCUCCUCCUCCCGGCUCCAGCCUCGCGGAUCCCAUCGUCGAGCUAGGCCGGCGGCAAAGAUGAAGCUUUCCAUCCAGUCGUUCGCCAAGAAGCUCUCCAUUCCGUCGCCCAAGCGGACGUGGAGCGGCAAGAAGAACGGCAGCGGCAAGCGGUCCCUCUCGCGCAGCGAGGCGCUGUCGUUCGCGUCGGCGUCCUCGUCCUCGUCGGACGACACGCUGGCGCGGUCCUCCACCCCGCGAUCCGUGCUCCAAGCGGAGAUCCCGCGGCGGGAGCUGGAGGCCGUGCUCCGGCGCCUCGGCCACGGUGAGCCCUCCGACGACGAGCUGGACGCCGUGGCCGCCAUCGCCGCCGAGUUCCCCGCGCCCGGCGGGGAGGACGAGCUGAUGGAGGCGUUCAGGGUGUUCGACGCCGACGGCGACGGCCGCAUCACGGCCGAGGAGCUCCGCACCGUGAUGGAGACCAUCCUCGGCGACGGCGAGGGGUGCAGCCUCGAUGACUGCCGCCGCAUGAUCGGCGGCGUGGACGCCGACGGCGACGGCUUCGUGGGCUUCCAGGACUUCGCGCGCAUGAUGAUGAACGCCACCACGGACGCCCGGAGCUUUCUUGUGGCCUGACGCGUUCCGUCCCCGUUCGGUUGUGCUGUGCCCUUCCCGCCAAAGAUCGGACGGCCCCGAUGCUCUCAGAGGGGCUACCAUCAUCUACUUCAAGACGAGACCUUUUUCUCUCAAAAAACUUCUUGGCGCGCAGGACGAUAGACUACUAGUAGGUUGCUAAUUGAAAAGUACUGCUAAUCCCUGCAGGAUUAGGUAAAACCCCAUGCAUGCAAGGUGUAAAAAUUGUCGAGAGAGAGUGAGUAACGGCAAGACGAAUGUGCUUCGUUCUUUCAGUUUUUGGAUGUAAAUCCUACCAGGAGCAUGUUGCUGUGUCAGGAUUGUAUUUGUGGCGAACUACUCCUAGUAGCACUGGCAAACAUUCUUUCGCAUGGUUGCGGAUUGCUAUGAGAUUUGGUUAAAAUU